UUAGAACUGUUCGUGUCCGUGACAGGGGCUACGAAUAAAGUUUGUCCUGUUGAAUGAGCCCUACAGCUGAGAAGCACAACAAAGAUGGCGUUAAGGGGACAUUAAAUUUUUUAUUUUUUUUUCCCUGUUUGUAAAUAUGACAUUUAAAAAAAAUGUCAUCCGGCGAUUCCGUUCGCACAGUUUGUAGAUCCUUUGCUCUUUGAAAGUCGCGUUAUGGAGCGCACGGCGUUCCCGGACGACGCAGCCGUCCAGAGGAGGGUGCGGAUCGUGGGCUCGGAGCUGGUGGAGAACUACACAGUUUACAUUAUUGAAGUUACAGUGGGGAGUCAUCAGUGGAGCAUAAAACAUCGGUACAGUGAUUUCCAUGAGCUCCAUGAAAAGCUGACAGCAGAGAAGAAAAUUGACAAAAAUCUGCUACCACCUAAGAAGAUGAUCGGGAAGAAUUCCAGAAGCUUGGUGGAAAAAAGGCAAAAGGAACUGGAAGUGUACCUUGAAACCCUGCUAGUAAAAUUCCCUUUCGCUGCUCCAAAAGUACUUUCUUGUUUCCUGCAUUUCCAUUUUUAUGAAAUAAAUGGAAUUACAGCUGCUUUGGCUGAGGAGCUGUUUCAUAAAGGCGAGCAGCUCCUUGUUGCUGGAGAGGUCUUCCUGUUGCGUCCACUCCAGCUGUAUGCCAUCACACAGCAGCUGCGUCUGGCCACGCCCACCUGUGCCAAUGGCGAUGCCAAGGCCGACCUCGGACAUAUACUGGACUUCACCUGUAGGCUCAAGUAUCUCAAGAUUCCAGGUACCAGGGGGACAGUGGGCACUAGUAACAUUCAGGAACACCUGCUCCCUUUCGACCUGUCUAUCUUUAAGUCCCUCCUCCAGAUUGAGAUCAGUCACUGUGAGUCUCAGCAAAUAAAGGGGCUCCCGUCGUUGAAGCCAUCCCUGGCGACCAUGAGUAUACACUACUGUGCAGCUUCCAUGAAGGACAUCCUGGUCCCAGAAGCUUCAGAGUUUGCCCAAUGGGAGGUGGAAGGUGUGGCUUCAGACUGCCCGGUCACUGCGGUCAUCCCCACUUGGAAGAUGCUGACCACUCUGGACAUGAGCCACAAUAGUUUGAAGUGCAUCGAUGAGUCAGUAAAGCUGAUACCAAAAGUUGAGUUCUUAGACCUGAGUUACAAUGACCUCACUCUUGUGGAAAACCUGCAGCAUUUGUAUAACCUGAUCCACCUGGACCUGUCCUACAACAAGCUGACCACCCUAGAGGGUGUCCACACCAAACUGGGCAACAUUAAGACCCUUAACCUGGCUGGAAAUCAGCUGGAGAGUCUCUUGGGCCUCAACAAGCUUUAUUCCCUCGUCAACCUGGAUCUGAGCAGCAACAAAUUAGCACAGCUGGAUGAAAUAAAGAACAUAGGAACCCUUCCCUGCUUGGAGAAGCUCUCCCUCACAAACAACCCCAUGUGCAUCAUACCAGAUUACAGAACCAAGGUUCUGGCCCAGUUCUGGGACAGGGCCUCCGAGGUGUGCCUGGACCGCACACCGACUACAGAGAAGGAGCUAGACACUGUGGAGGUGCUGAAAGCCAUCCAGAAAGCCAAAGAAGCCAAGGACAGGAUGGCUAACAGUGAAAAAAAGAUCAGUGAGGACUGCAGAGCCCCCACUGGUGAAACGCCUUCAUCUUCCUCCUGCUGCUCGCUUGCUGCUCCGCCUUCCUCUCCCCCUCAACCCCCGUCGGCCAGCUCCAGCCAAGAAAUAAUUUGUAAAGAAGAAAACAAUCAAAUUGUGACUCCUGUGGAUUCCUUGAACACCCAGCGAUGCAACUUUUUUCACGAUUCCUCUUGUGAGGAAACACUGCAGAUUACACAGCAACUUCCUUCCUGUUUGUCUCUUGAAAUCACCACCGAUCAGCAGAUUAGCUGCUGCGGCUGUGUGGAAGACUGUGCUGUGUGGCUGGAUGCCCGCAGCGUCCCUGUGGUACCCCUGGCUCUCAUCUCCUACACAGCUGCCAGCUUGGAACUCGCAGCAGAGCUAUCAGCACUCGUAGGCAAGGCUGCGAGGGAACUGGAGAAGGAGGUGUGUUCAGAAAGAGACGGGUUGAGUGUGGAGGGGGCGGAGCCAGGCAGCCCGGGGUCUGGAGAUGGCUAUUUUGAGGUCAGCCGGGGCUCCAGGGACACCUGCCAGGCUGGAGGCCCUCAAGCCGCACUGGAAGAGCCUGGUCCAGGACCCGUGCGUGUUAGCAAGGUGGUGUGGGCACUCGGGGUGCGUGUGGGCCCCAGCACCAGACACCUGCUUGCCUGCGUCGUGCUCACAGAGCCGUGGCUGGCUGUGUUCCGGGUGCGCAACGGAGAGCAGCCCCUUGGUGUUGCCGACAUUGUGGCCGAACUGGAAGCAGAGCUGCUUGUGCCCUACACUGACAUCGAGGCUGUCACCCUGGACGUUCCAGACCUGUGCCUCUCCUUGAAGGUCAGGCCCAGUGGUGUGAUCCUCUACCUCCUCUCAGACUCUCAGAGCCUGAUGGAAAUGCACGCCCACCUCUCCACACUGGUGACUGGAUCUCCUCCAGAGCCACAGGGGGGCACUGCCACCGCACAGGCACAGCUUAUUCGUCAGCUCUUGAACCCAUGGGAGUAUGAGGCAAAUGACUAUGUGGUCAAGGGAGCUUUCCCUGCUCACCUGCUGCACUCUGCCAAGGUGACUUCCGAGGGCCCCCCGUGCUCUGAUGUGCCGUCGGAGAUGUGGUCCUCUGGGGUCGAUGAGGGCUCAGCCUCCCUACCUUGUGUCCUCUUCCUGACCCCUCGCCACCUCUGCAUCCUCAGGCUAGAUUUUGCCACUUUGGCUGGUGGCCCCCGCUCCUCCAUGAGGCUGAGUCGUGUCCCCCUGGCAUCCGUGUUGGUGCACCCUCGCCAGGCUUGCUAUGGCAGCGGCCCCCCACCUGAGCGCGGGUUCCGCGAUGGCCACGUGCUUGAACUCCUGGCUGGGCGAGAGCUGGUCACAGCUGUUUUCCUUUUGCCUCAUGACAAGUUCCUUUUCCUGAGCCUGUUCAGUCAGCUCCGCUCAGGCCUCAGGGACAUCAAGACAGUAGCAUUUCUGCAAGCGAGACUGUGCCACAGGAAGAACAGGAACCACCAGAUGCAUGUGGAAAGGACCCAGAAAGUCCCAGUGAACAGCCUUCCACCAGCUGUCCAGAGGCCCCGCCUGAAGCUCUCCCUACUGCAUCCUGACAGCAGUCUGACCCGGAGGCUCUCAGAGGAGAACCAGUGCCCCUCUCACCUGGCCCUUUCCCCAUCUCUGGGGUUCCUGUCUGGCCGACAGGGGGAUGAGUUGCUGGAGUUCUUCCACAGCAGUGUUGCAGAGGUGGAGAACGAGGAGCUUGCCCACGUCCUGUGGUCUUCAGUGCUGUUUUACCAAUUCCCCGACCUGGAGCUGACUGCCUGCAUCAUGCUCUCAACCAAGGCACUCUACUUCAUCCUGGAUGACUCUGCAGCCACGCUCAGUGGUCAAGCAGUGCUGUGGAACUGGCAGCCCACUGAAGACCAGGAGGCAGACUUCAUCAUCUCCUACUGCUUUGCCAUGAAGUUGCAAGACCUUCACAGUGUGAAUGUGGGGCUCUUUGACCAGUACUUCAGAGUGGUUGGGCCGUCGCCCAGUCAUGUCAUUGCCUGUCUGACUCGAGACAGCUACGGCACACACCGCUUCCUGCAGCAGCUCAUGGCUGUGCUUUCCUCACUGGAGAAGCUGCCCUCACCAGAGCCCCCCGAGCAAGAUUUCUAUAGCCAGUUUGGCAAGAACAACACAGGGAAGAUGAAGAACUACGAGCUGGUGCACUCGAGCAAAGUGAAGUUUGUGUACCCCAGCGAAGAGGAGAUCGGUGAUCUGACCUUCAUCGUGGCAGAGAAGAAGAGCAGCUGUGGACACUCGCGGGCCUUCAAUAUCCUCCUAUACGUCCUGGCCUUCCAGGUUCAGAGCUCAUACCCUGGGCCGGGCACCCCUCCAGAGCACCACCUCCAGCCUAAGACACUCAUCCUCACAAGUACUGAUGUCUUCCUCCUGGAUGAGGAUUAUAUCAGCUACCCGCUGCCCGACUUCGCCAAGGAGCCGCCGCAGCGGGAUAAGUACCGGCUGACAGAUGCACGGCGCAUCCGGGACCUUGAUCGGGUGCUCAUGGGCUAUCAGACGUAUCCACAGGCCCUCACGCUGGUCUUUGAUGACAUCCCAGGACCUGACCUGCUUUGCCAUCUCACCUUGGACCACUUUGCAGAGGAAGGCAGGGCCGGGGGCUGGGGUGGAGCCCGGGCCAGUCGCCCCAGCGUAGACCAGAGUGAGGUGCAGUGGUGUGUGUUUGUGCCUGGAGCAGACGCGCGCGAGCGUCUCAUCUCACUGCUGGCCCGCCAGUGGGAGGCACUGUGUAGCCGGGAAUUGCCGGUGGAGCUCACAGGCUGACGGACACCAAACACGCAUUCCACAGAAAAGGCCAGAACCUCCCUCAGUCCCCAAGAACUCUGAACAACCAUUUUCUGUUUGUACUUAUAUUGUUUUUGUACUAUCUCCUCAUAGUGCAUCCUGGGAAUUUUACAGAGUCCACAAGAGUUACAUAUUUAUUGUUUUCUUGGCCAAGACUAACUUGCCUCACGCUGCUUUAAACCUGUGUCAUGUCUGCUGCUAUGUACAAUCUGCAAUAUGUAAAUUAUUAAAGUGCAUGUUUGGCUAUGUAAUCUAGUAUUUCUAUUUAAAUGGUAUUAUUUCAUUCAAUAUAAUGAAAUAGUUUAUCAGUGUUUUUGACAUGGAAGGUUGAUUAACUUGACCUUUUAAAAUGGUGUUUUUUUUUUUUUUUUAAAUUUUAUGACAUGAAACAAUGUGGUAAAUGUUAGGAAGUGUCGUUGCUGAAGAGUUUACUUUGUUUUUCCAAGGGAUGCCCUAGAUUGUCUCUAUUUGCUUAUACUUGCAUUUAAAUUCUACAUGAAACCUAAAAGAAGCCUCUUUCAUUACGUUGUUUACAUAAUCUCCAGGUCAGUGAUUUAAAGUCUCUUUAAAAAUCACUGCACUGAUGGGGAAUUGAACAUGCUUUUUUUUUUAUUAACUACUAAAAAUGUUGAAAUAAGUGUAAUAACCACAGAUUCAUAUCCAUAAAGGGCAGAAUAAGAAGUAAACAGCUUCACUUUCCCUCGGCGGUGAGUCUGCUGUAGGAUUGUCAAUGUCUGCGGCACUGUGAUUCGGCUUCUCCAUAUGUCGCCGUGUGUGGAGAGGCCGUACACGUAUUGCACCCAUUUUAUACAUAGAGAUGCAUAAAUAAAUUUAUUGAAUUAACACAAGUGAAAUUGUCCCCUUUAAUGGUGUCCUUGUUGGAACAUGGAAGCCCUUAAUGAUGUUCUCGUUUGAAAUGCUACCUGGAUGUUGGAAGAAAACAGGAAACAUCUUCUCCUCCCUGGCAGAUGCAGGGGCUUAAAGUUUGAAGUGCAAUGACCUUUAAUCUCAUUACAGCCUCCUCACCCUGAAAUUUACGGGCAAAACUGGGACCGUUCUGUUCAUAACCUGUUAUGUUCAUUAGUAUUUAC